AUGGCGACCUCCAAAUCUGCACGACUGCAGACUCCAGUUGAUCGAAACAUUCAGAACGUUGUGCUGGGAGAUCUUUUGUUCAAGCCUUGGAACCGAUCAAUCUACCCUGAGGACCUUGUCGCCAAAGACACCGAUCGGCUCUACGUGUGUCGUUGGUGCUUUCGAUACUCAUGUGAUGGGGAUAUAUUCGAGGAACAUAAACACGCUUGCGAGCAUCGUACGACCCCGCCAGGCACCAAAGUCUACGACCAUGGCGGGUAUGCAGUGUGGGAGGUUGAUGGCCAGAACCACAAGCUAUUUGGACAAAACCUGUCUCUAUUUGCGAAGCUUUUCCUUGAUCACAAGACCGUCUUCUUUGAUGUUGCCACUUUUCUUUAUUAUAUCCUCACCUUUACCGACCCCAAUGAUCCCGGGAACUAUUACGUGCUUGGUUUCUUCUCAAAAGAGAAGCUCUCGUGGGAUGCAAACAAUCUAGCAUGUAUCUUGAUCUUCCCGCCUUAUCAACACAAACAGCUCGGAAAAUUAUUGAUGGGAGUCAGCUACAAGCUGAGCGGAUGGGACUCCAACGGGGGGCCUAUAGGUGGACCAGAGAAGCCAUUGAGUGAACUGGGCCACAAAAGCUAUGUCCGUUUUUGGGCCGAGCGAGUCGCGCGGUUCUUACUUCGUGGCAAACAUAGCGGCAGCUCACUUAAUACCGAUUUACAGAAGCCAAGCUCGACCCCCAAGGGUUCUCGCAAGAGAGCCUUCCGGGAGACAAUGACCGUCGAGGAGCUCGGCCUGGGAACUGGGAUGCUGACUGAAGAUGUGAUUACUGCACUCAAGAGCAUGGGGCUUUUUGACCCCCAGGCCACCCCCAAAAAACGUAAAUCAAACCGUACAUCUACAUCCGUGGAGGACGAUCCCACACCGGGCCAGAUGGUCACCAUUCGCAAAUCUGACGUGUGGCAGUGGGCCAAAGCACAUCACCUCCUGAUGGAUGACCCGGUCAGCGAAUCAGGAUUUGAGGGACUAUGGCCCCCUGUCAUAGCAUCUGAAGAGGAUUGUCAUAGCAUCACAUCAGAAGACUAA